AUGGCUGCUGCUGGCCAGAUCUGGCGAGGGAGAUCGUUGCCAGCAAGAUCCGGGGAGGUGAAGGGCGGUGGUGCCGCGGCCAUGCUGACCCUGCGUGUCCUGAAGCUCUCACUGCUCCGCCGCCUGCACACGGCCGCCGAGCUUUCUCCGUUGUGCAUGGUCCACUCCAGCUGCAGCAUCGUCCUGCCCACCGGGAGCUACCUCGCCUCCUUCAAUGACCGCCUCACAGGGCACCUCGACGACCGCCGCAUCUCCGGCCUCAGCGGCAUCAGUGUGAGGGCCUUCUUCCGUUGGUGGUCCAUCACGCGGAUCAGCCAAGGCCGCUUCCUAAGUCAAAGUAAACAAGAUUUUAAUAUUCAGUUUGCAAUACAUUGGAUGGGAGCACUACCACACAGUAGGAGAGCCGUCGACCAUCGCCGCUUGUGUCACCGUGGAGGAGGGACGCAAGCUCGACCUUGGCUGUUGUAGCACUCCGCCAGACCGCUGACACAACACCGCAGCACCGGCACGGCGUCACCAGCCCUGCCUCCAGCACCUUGGCUCCUCCCACUCAUCAUAUAUCCUCUAUAAAGGUUUCCUCCUUCAGUCCUUCCCCACUUUUCUGUACUGCAGGAACUGAAAUCCUCAACUCCAAUACCUGAGAAGGAACCAGAUUGCAUGAUGGCAGCAUGCUGCCACCUUCUCUAGUGUUCAAUUUCUUAUUUCUAUGUAUGCAAGGUCCAUGAACUAUUAUGCCUAGCCUAUUGCCUUUU